AUGACUGGUCGAGGAAAAGGAGGCAAAGGUUUAGGAAAAGGUGGUGCUAAACGUCAUCGUAAAGUUCUUCGUGAUAACAUCCAAGGCAUCACCAAACCAGCAAUUCGUCGUUUAGCUCGACGUGGUGGUGUCAAACGUAUUUCUGGGUUAAUUUAUGAAGAAACCCGAGGCGUCUUAAAAGUUUUCUUGGAAAAUGUAAUUCGUGAUGCUGUUACAUACACUGAACAUGCUAAGAGAAAGACUGUCACUGCUAUGGAUGUCGUCUAUGCAUUGAAACGUCAAGGCCGCACACUUUAUGGUUUCGGAGGUUAA